UCUCCUUUAAAAUGCUGCUCGUUUAUGCUGAAUAAAGACGGAGAAGAAACAACGAAAUUUUCCUUGUCAGGCCAGAUAGCUAGCUUUUGGCUAGCUACAGUGGAUCACAUAAACCACGGCGCUGGCCAUGCCGUCGAGUGCACGGGCUGGGAGUCUGAAGGACCCAGAGGUAGCUGAAUUGUUUUACAGAGAGGACCCAGAGAAGCUUUUUACAGACUUGCGUGAGAUAGGCCAUGGCAGCUUCGGAGCCGUCUACUUUGCCCAUGACAUCCGCACCAAUGAGGUGGUGGCCAUCAAGAAGAUGUCCUAUAGUGGCAAGCAGUCUAAUGAGAAAUGGCAGGAUAUCAUCAAAGAGGUGAAGUUCCUGCAGAAGCUACGGCACCCCAACACUGUGGAAUACAGAGGAUGUUACCUGAAAGAGCACACAGCAUGGCUGGUGAUGGAGUAUUGUUUGGGUUCGGCCUCAGACCUGUUAGAAGUUCACAAGAAACCCCUACAAGAAGUAGAAAUAGCAGCCAUUAUCCAUGGUGCAUUGCAGGGCCUGGUAUACCUUCACUCGCACAACAUGAUUCACAGGGAUGUAAAGGCAGGAAAUAUCCUACUGACAGAACCUGGGCAGGUUAAACUGGGAGACUUUGGCUCCGCCUCCAUCGUUGCCCCUGCCAACUCUUUUGUGGGCACGCCCUACUGGAUGGCUCCAGAGGUGAUCCUGGCCAUGGAUGAGGGCCAGUACGACGGGAAGGUGGACGUGUGGUCGCUCGGCAUCACCUGCAUAGAACUGGCGGAGAGAAAGCCUCCCUUGUUUAACAUGAAUGCUAUGAGUGCCUUAUACCACAUCGCCCAGAACGAGAGCCCAGUCCUGCAGUCCAAUCACUGGUCGGAUUACUUCCGUAACUUUGUAGACUCUUGUCUGCAAAAGAUUGCCCAGGACAGACCUACCUCUGACGUGCUGCUCAAGCAUCAUUUCCUGUGUCGUGAGCGUCCAAUGACUGUGGUGAUGGAUUUGAUCGCCCGCACUAAGGAUGCAGUGCGGGAGCUAGAUAACCUGCAGUACAGAAAGAUGAAGAAAAUCCUCUUCCAGGAAACACACAACGGUCCAGCCCCAGAGGGUGCCGAGGAAGAGGAGGAUGUUGAACAGUAUAUGUUGCGGACUGGCACGGUGAACAGCAUGGAAAGCUCCCAUUCGCUGCCCUCAAUGUCAAUCAGUGCCAGCUCCCAGAGUUCAUCGGUGAACAGCCUGGCAGACGGCUCAGAUGACAGCGGAGAGAUGGCCAUGAUGCAAGAGGGUGAACACACGGUCACCUCCAACAGCUCCGUACUGCACAAACCCCUGAGCCAUGAUAACAUCUAUGACGACCCUUACCAGCCGGAGGUGGACUCCCAACAGCAGGGCCCUUCCGGGGGCCGUCGCCGCGGCCACCGGGGCCGGGAUCACUUUGCCACCAUCCGAACGGCGUCUCUGGUCACCCGUCAGAUUCAGGAACACGAGCAGGGCUCAGCGCUGAGGGAGCAGAUGUCAGGAUACAAACGCAUGAGGAGGCAGCACCAGAAACAGCUCAUGGCCCUGGAGAACAAACUGAAAGCGGAAAUGGAUGAACAUCAGCUCAGACUAGACAAAGAGCUGGAGACCCAGAAAAACAACUUCGGCAGUGAGGCAGACAAGCUGAACAAGAAACAACAGGCCAUCCUGGAGAAGGAGGUGAAAAAUUGUACGACUGAGGAGAAGAAGUUCCAACAGCACAUACUGACUCAGCAAAAGAAGGAGCUGACCACUCUCCUGGAAUCUCAGAAACGCCAGUAUAGACAACGCAAAGAGCAACUUAAAGAGGAGCUGAAUGAGAAUCAGUCCACACCAAAGCGGGAGAAGCAGGAGUGGCUGGUACAGCAGAAGGAGUGCUUGCAGCAGCUCCAGGCGGAAGAGGAGGCAGGGUUGUUACGGCGACAGAGGCAAUACUAUGACCUGCAGUGUCGACAGUACAAGAGGAAGAUGCUGUUGGCACGACACAACCUGGAACAAGACCUUCUGAGAGAGGAGCUGAAUAAGAAGCAGACGCUGAAGGAUCUGGAAUGUGCCAUGCUGCUGAGGCAUCAUGAGUCCACUCAGGAGCUGGAAUUCCGACAGCUGGCGUUGGUGCAGCGCACCCGGGCUGAGCUCAUCCGCACGCAGCACCAGACCGAGCUGACCAAUCAAAUGGAGUACAACAAGCGUCGCGAGCAAGAGCUCCGCCAGAAACAUGCCAUGGAGGUCCGCCAGCAGCCCAAGAGCCUGAGAGUGAGUGACUGUGACAACACUGAGAACACUGGAGAAGGGGAGGGGCCUGAGAGAGAUGGGGUGGAGACUGAUUCAGAAGGGGUGGGCGUUGAGAGGGGGGGACCAGGGGAAACAGAGGAGAAGAAAGAGGAGGAGGGAAAAGUCGCGAAAGGGGAGGAGGGCGAUCUAUUCGAAGAGCCUGGUGCUGUUAGUCAAGGCGCGCGUGAAAGUGAAAAGCACGACAGAACCGUGAAAAGUCGUGAAGUUGAAGAAAUUGGUAGAGAGAAUGAGACUCUGAGUGGAGACAUAGGAGAAAGCCUUUCAGAGCCACUUAUAGACCAAAAUAGGGAUGAAUUCAGUGAAGGACAGACAAAAGAGGUAGAGGGUUUGAUAACAGAACAAGAAAAUGCCAAAGGGGAUGAUCAGAUUGAUGGACAGAAAGAAUUUGGUGCUAAAAUAGUCAGGAGUUUGAAGGGAGACCCAGAGAUUGUUGGUGAGGGAGCCCAGGAGGAGGAGGAGGAGGAGGAGGAGAAAGAUAAGGAUGAGAGUGUUGGGGAUGAAAGACAGGUUGAGGGUGUGAUGUGGGAAGAGGAGGUCGAGGACGGGGAGCAGAGUGAAACUGAGAUAGAGACAGAGGAAGAAGGGGAGGAGGACAGGGGUGUGGCCGACGGUUGCCCGUCAGAGUUAAUUCCCACUCCCGCCCUCGAGCGACGGCUGCGGGAUCAGGACACGGACGAGCUUUCGGAAUUCUAUUUCCCGGACACCCUAGAGGAACUGGAGCCCCCUCCUCUCUCUUCUCCUCCUCCCUCCCCGACGUCUACGCCGCCCUCCCUACCUUGUCUUUUCUCUCACGCCAUCUGUAUUGUCCUCUCCCUUUCUGCCGCCGCGCAACCAUCCGUGCCCACCCUUCUUUUUCUCUCCGUCUUCCUCCUCUCUCUCCGCCGCUCUCCCCCUCUUCCUUCUCUUUCCUCUAUCCUCCUCUCCGCGGAGCUUGCCUUCCUGGCUCUCUUCUUUUCUUAUCUGUUCCUUCGGUCCUGCUGCUCUCUGUCUCUCUCCACCUACCUCUCUCUCACUCUGUGGGGCUCAGGCGUGUUCAGUAUGGGCCUCUCAGUAAGCCUGGGGCUCUAUUAUGUCCCCGUAGCCCUGGUAUCUGCCCCUUUCCUCAGCUCACCCUCCCUGUUCCUCACCCUCUACUUGCUUGUAGUGCUGGUUGUACGGCCAGCUCGAGUCUUCCUCCAGAACGCCCCAAGAAAACUCAGACGCCUUUGGAUGCGCAUCCUUUUCCGCAUGCCUAAACCCCUGUUCACCGUCUGCCAGUCCCUCCUGGGUGGUCUCACCGAACGGAACCUCUAUGAUAUGUUUCCCAAGGCCGGGCGGAACUGGGGCGUGCGCCAGUCCCGAAUCCCCGUGCCCUUAAAGUCCCUCUCCGUCGAAUACCAGUCCCAAAGCAAACGCGCUGUCCUGAUGUCCAGGUGUCUCCUGUGGGGACGGCGCUUUGUCAGACGGCCCCUAGGGGUCCUGGCAGACCUGGCUAACUCAGUAGUGCUGAAGAUAGCAGGUCGCGUACUGAGAGAGCUGCCUCAGAGUUACCUGAGCAAACUGAGGACCUUUGGCCUUUUACGAAAGGAGAAACCCAGCAGGCUGCCCAGACUUUUACCCAGAAGAGUCAGGGAACAGACACGCAGGGAGAGAGAGAGGAGAGAGCGGGAGAGGAGGAGGAGAGAAAGAGAGAGAUUGUACAGGGAGGAAGGGAGGUGGGAGAGCGGGUUGAGGAGAACGGCCUCUGGGAGGCAUUUGAGGGGAAAAGUGGUUCCCUGGAGAUAGACGUAGGAGGAAGGUGGGGGCUGGGACAGAGAGAGAGGGAGAGAAGGGAUGAAAGGAAGAAAAAAAAAAAAAGUGAGAAAACGAGGCGUGAAAGAACGGUGCGGUCGCUUUCUGAGAGCGCCGUUUCAUUUGUAGCGUGUGUGUGCGCGUGUGUGUGUGUGUGUGUGUGUGCGUGCGUGAGUGUGUGCAUCUGUGGAGUGCAUCCUUUGUUUUGUUCUUUCUGGCCUGCCCAGUCACAGAGUCCACCUUCUUUUCCUUUAGCCUCAACCAGCAGAUGUAAAUCUGUUUGUGUUUGUUCAUAGCCACAGUGUAUGCCUAUGCAUGCUGAGGUUUAGAAACUCACUCUUCAUGUAUUGUUCAUCCUACAUGUAUUUUCACUGUCUGUUGUCCAGUGAAGCUUAAGUCAAUAUUGUGCUUUUUGUAAAAGUUUUUCAUUUUUUUUUUUUGUAUUUGUAUGAUUGAAUUUUGUUCUUAAAUAGUAAGAGGAAAAUAUGUCUUAUGGUUAUUGUUAAGACCAUGUUUGUGCAAUCCUGUUUUAUGUGUUUUGUAGAAGUCUUAUGAUUUCAGGCAUGAAGUUGGCAAGGCGCUGCUGAAGCAGGGCUAGUUUUAUAACGGAUGUCUGUGAAAGUCAACAUAGGCCUUAUGUUAAAGCCAUAGCUGCAUUGGUCAGAGGCUGUUUAAACCCCAGUGCAAACUGUGAACGUUAAAGUAGUAUGUAAAAGCUUUAUGCUGUUUGACCCCGUGACACUACGUUUAUUUGAAUCAGUGCAAUAGUUGUUGUUCCGCAGAGAAACUUGGAACGACCUAAAUUACUUGACAUUGAAAACCCAGUGGAGACCCUGCUAUUGAAGAUCAACUAUACUGAAAUUUGCUUUAAAUACAGCAUGUUUAUGGCACGUUUCACUCAACCGUCGCUGCAGAUUUGUCGAACGCAUGCUGCUAACCACGUGGAAGCCCAUUAGCACUGCUGUCAUCAGUACACCGACUCCCAUAUUAUUUUACGUGUACAAACUACAAAUCAAAUAACAACAUUUUUUUGUCCAAAAGCAAGAAACAUACAGACAUCUACAGAUGUGUUGCUUCUGUACCAAUCAGCUUUGAAACUGAGACGAUUUUCAGGGAGUAAUAUGAUGUCUUUUCCUUUUUUUCGGCCAGUGAGUUGGCCAAAAAUAAGGGCAUGUGAUUCCUGGUGAAGUGAGUUGACUGAAUUGAGGCCUUUGCUCUUAACUGGAAGUAGAAACCGUUUACUUCUCUUUUUCUUUUUCCUGUUUUUUUGUUUUUUGUUUGUUUGUUUUCUCAUUCUGAGAGUGACACACUGGCCUAGGUUUAGAAAUACACGAUUGAGUAAAAAUUCUCACUCAAGUCGUCUUAAGGCACCAAUGGAGCAUUUGCACAAAACUAAAUUGACGUAUUUCAUGUCAGGGUCUGGCCAAUAGUAUUUAAUACCUAACAGUUAAUUUCACUUCUUGAUUGUGAACUAUAAGCAUGGAUAGAUUUUAUAAGCAUAGCGAACUCAUGUACUUGCCAAACCUCACAGCGUAAC